AUGAGUUACCCGGAUAUGACGUACGUGUGUACAAAUAUGCCUAUCUCGUUGGCGCGGACGCGAACUAAACUGAUAGUUUUAUCAUCUGUGCGGGCAUUUCGUUUGCGGUCGUUGGAGGGACGGUUGAAACGUAACGUGAUAAUGCAAGCAGCUUGUUUCAGUUCGAAAAGCAAACUCGUUGUCGUUGAGGGCAACAUUGGUGCUGGCAAGACAACGUUAACUCUUGAGCUGGCAGAGAGAAUGAGCGCCAAAGCCCUGCUGGAGCCCAUAUCUCAGAAUCCAUUUCUAGAAAAGUUCUACUCUGAUCCCAAGAAAUAUGCUUUUCAACUGCAGCUUUGGAUUUUCAGACGACGUCUAGAAUUGUACAGCGAGGCAUUAAAUCACAUGUUACAACAAAAUGAGACUGUGAUUCUAGACAGAUCUGUGUUUGGAGAUUGUGUGUUUGCAGAAGUUGGUCACAAUGAUGGAAAUAUUAGUAACGAAGAGUAUGCAAUCUACCAACAGCUGUGUAAGAGGAUGUCAAAGAUUUUUCCAGUGCCUGAUGUUCUUAUCUUUCUUGAUAUGUCACCAACCUGCUGUCACAGACGAAUCAUAAGUCGUGGAAGAGAAUGUGAGCAAGGAAUACCUGUUGAGUAUCUUGAAAAGUUAGAUAGAUCAUACCAUGGGUUUCUUCAGAGCAUGAGACUCUGCAGAACACAUGUGGCUUCGUUUGACUGGAAAGACUUUGGGUGUGUGUCUGAGGUUGUUAAAACAAUUUCCUCUGCAGCUAGGCUUAACACAGGAAAAGAAGCAAUGGAUGGCUAUCAGAAAAGUCUAGAAAUGCUGUCAACACAGAAAACCGAUCUGUGGAGCUUUGUCAGUCAAGGUCUGCAGAUAAAGUGAAUCAGAGAAUUUACUGAGACAUCUGGACAUAAGAACAAUUGUUCAGUGAUUUAGAAGAGAAAUUAUUUCACAAAGGAAAGCUAAAGCAGUCAAUUUAGUUGCGCAUGCGCAUAUAUAAUUACAAAAAUUUAUAAACUUUGAUAAAUACAAUCUAAAAGAGAAGAAUUGUUUAUAAUUAAUAGCUGAAGAAGAAUUAGGCAUUAGUUGGUGUUCUAGUUUUGGAUACAUUAUAUUUAGAAAUUAAUUAUGUUGAGUUUAUGCA